UUUGAAACAUGGCCAAGGAAGGAGUCCGUAUCGUGUCAACGGGUGCGAUCUGGGGCUAUGUGAUCGUGAGUCUCUCGGCCAUCUUCUUCAUCACCUUCAUGUACUUGAUUGUGGUGGCCAAGGUGCUGCCGCCGCCGACCCCGGGUCGGUCGUUUCCCAUGAUGGACGCUAUUCGUGGAGAUCAACAUUAUUGUUAUCUGGUGCCGCUGACGAUCCCCGUGGCGUUUAUCGCCAUGUAUGUGAGUUGGGUCAGCCUCAAGUACUUUCGGCAGAACUAGUAUGUACUAACGUUUUAAGUGUUAAGCCCGACAAACUGGUUGUUGUGGAUCAAGUUCUUUUCCUUGGCUUUGCGCAACAAGUACACCAAGAACGCCGCUUGCUUUGGAUUGGCUCGGAUGGUCGACACCUACAUAAACAUAUACAUGUCCAUCCUCUUCAACGACCACACCCUACCGACAGCUCUGGCUGGCGCGUCUUUGCCGCGGCCUGCGCCACCUUGACAUACUUAUUGAACUUUGCACUGUGCUCUGGGUACGCUUGCGUGAACGGUCCGAUCUCGUGGUUGAACAUGUUGAGCCCCACGACGACGCGCCGGACGCCCGGCGGCAGCCGCGUCACGGGUGUGCUUCCGUGGGGCAUGUUGCCGUCAAUGAGAACCCCUUGCCGAUGGGUGUAUGGAACGAGGUGGUCGUGCACCUACGUUCACCACAAUGAUGUACAAUAGUAUGUAUAUAUGUAUACUCGUAGCAGCAAGUAAGUACAUACAUGCAGGUAGGAAGUAGUAUGGAUGAUUGUUUUUGGUUGGAAAUAUAUAAAAGAAACUUUAGCCAAUCAAAGCGUAGGAAAUAGAUAAAAUGAAUACUUUAAAGUAUAAAAUACUUUUAGAAUUAGAA